UUAUUGGAGUGCAACAACAAUUCAGGAUCGUGGUAGAUCACCACGACGUGCAACACAAAAUCAAUAUCAGUAUCAUCAAAAUACAAUUGUAUCAAAUGUGCCAGUGAUUGAAGAUAGACCGUCAAUGAGUUCUCCAUCCGGUGUAAAUAGUAAUAAUAAUUCAAUGGAUCCAGAAGAUCAAACGCCUAUUUAUUCAAGAAGAGCGUCUUUAGAGUCAGAUACUGGUUUACCAUUUGCACGGCGCCCUUCAUUGGAACUAUUGGGUAGCGGUGGACCACAAGGAUCACUUGCGGCCGUACUAUGUGGUGGCCGACCACAUUCUAGUGCGGGCGGUGGUGGAGGUGGUGGUUCAUUGUCAGCGGGUAGCACACUAACACGUCGUUCAUCCAGUCGUCAUGGACCACAUUCCUCGGCCGCAUCAUCAACAGCGGAAUACGCUGUACCACAUAGUACAUCCCAUUCGUACCAUCAUUAUCAUGGUGGUGCGGGAGGUGCUGGUGGUGGUGGUCUGUAUGGUGAAUGUACACAUCAUCAACAGCAUCGUGCUAGUGUUGGUGAUCUAUCCGCAUCAGAUGAUGAAGAUAGUGAACCUGGAUACGCGUCAGUUUUUCCAAAUGUUCCAGCCGCACCAGGAAUGCCCUGUCAGGGUGAAGAUAGGAGUAUUUAUAGACGUGGAGCACGACGAUGGCGUAAAUUAUAUCGUGUGAAUGGGCAUAUAUUUCAAGCGAAACGAUUCAACCGACGGGCAUUUUGUGCAUUCUGUCAAGACCGUAUUUGGGGGCUGGGUCGACAAGGUUUCAAAUGUAUACAAUGCAAAUUGCUUGUCCAUAAAAAAUGUCACAAACUCGUGCAAAAACCGUGUACAAACGAACAAAUCGAGCCAAUCGUUCGUGACGAACAUAAUGGUGAAGCUCAAUCCACGUUGGGCACACCGAACACAGAAUUACUCCCAGAUUUAAAAGAAUUCCCAGCACCACCGCCAGAUAUUACCGGCGAAUCGGUUGCGGUUGAAGAUCCAUCCAAACAGAACGACAGUGAAUUGGAACCGGGGACACAACGACAAUAUUCCUUAAUUGAUUUCGAUUUAAUUCGGGUGAUUGGACGUGGCAGCUAUGCGAAAGUAUUAAUGGUUGAAUUGAAGAAAACACGACGAAUCUAUGCUAUGAAAGUGAUAAAGAAAGCGUUGGUCACUGACGAUGAGGAUAUUGAUUGGGUACAAACGGAGAAACAUGUUUUUGAGACAGCAUCAAAUCAUCCAUUUUUAGUUGGUUUACAUUCGUGUUUCCAAACACCAAGUCGCUUGUUUUUUGUUAUUGAAUUUGUACGAGGUGGUGAUUUAAUGUUUCACAUGCAACGGCAACGACGUUUACCUGAAGAACAUGCACGAUUUUAUGCUGCGGAAAUUAGUUUAGCAUUGAAUUUUCUCCAUGAUAAAGGAAUUAUUUAUAGAGAUUUAAAAUUGGAUAACGUAUUAUUGGAUCACGAAGGACAUAUUAAAUUGACAGAUUAUGGAAUGUGCAAAGAAGGUAUUCGACCUGGUGAUACAACAUCCACAUUUUGUGGUACACCUAAUUAUAUUGCACCAGAAAUAUUACGAGGUGAAGAUUAUGGUUUUAGUGUAGAUUGGUGGGCUUUAGGUGUAUUAUUAUAUGAAAUGUUAGCGGGUCGAUCACCGUUUGAUAUAGCUGGUGCCUCAGAAAAUCCUGAUCAAAAUACUGAAGAUUAUUUAUUCCAGGUUAUAUUAGAAAAAACUAUUCGAAUUCCAAGAUCACUAAGUGUAAAAGCAGCUUCAGUACUUAAGGGCUUCCUUAAUAAAAAUCCAGCCGAUCGUCUAGGAUGUCAUAGAGAAAAAGCAUUUAUGGAUAUUGUAAAUCAUCCGUUCUUCAAAUCCGUUGAUUGGGAAAUGUUACGUCAAAAGCAGGUACCUCCACCAUACAUGCCUAUUGAGGAAGAAGUUAAAGAUGAUACACUGUUAAUAGUGAAGAAUUUUGACCCACAAUUUACACGUGAACCAGUCGAAUUAACUCCAGAUGAUCCGCGAGUAAUUGAAAAGAUCGAUCAGUCAGAAUUCGAAGGAUUUGAAUAUGUAAAUCCAUUAUUAAUGUCAUUGGAGGAUUGUGUGUGACAACACGCCUGUCCGCUACAUUAUCGUGGUCCUCCAGGUGCUCCACCACCACCAUUUAUAACAACUCCUUUAUCAACACCAUCAUCAAUUACACCAUCAUAUUUAGUUCAAUCAAAUUCACCACCAUAUAUGACACCGAUAACACCGCACAAUAUGGCCCCCUCAUUUGCAGCAACACCGUUAAAUCCACCAUCAGUGUCACCGCUAAUGGCACCUCCUAUGUUUGAUACACCCUUACCGCCACCACCGCCAGCACCCAAUUUUCCGGACGAUGGUCCCGAUUACGAUGAUGUUACAGAUGAUAUGAGUGUCUUGCAAAUAGAUGUCAAACCUCCACGUACAUUGUUGCAACAUAUGUUUUGCCUUCCUCUAAACUAAUUCAAAUUGUUUAAAAAAAAUAUAUUAAAAAAUUUAGAUAACAAAAAAAAUGAUACUUCUCAAAUACUUCGAAAAAAAAAAGAAAAGCCAUUUUCCUAUAUAAAAUAUAAAUUUUUGUUAAGUUUUACUUUUUAUAAAUAAUGUUAUUCCAAGGCACAGUAAGUUCUAAGCUGAAAUUCUUAAAUAUUGAAGCUAGCAAAGUUGCAGGUUACUGUUUUGAAGCAAACUUUGCUUAUUCAAUUUUUUAAACCCCUUAAAUCAAACAUAAGUCCGUUAUUUCUAGACUCAAACGAGGAUUCGGAAAGAAAUGGUCCAGGAAUUUACUGCAUUAUGUAUUAAGAAAAAUUAAGACCCAAAGACAAAAAAAUGUAGCUCAUUUGAUGAGUACUUUUCUAGAUAUCUCUAGAAUCACGCAAAACAAAAGCAUUUCGAACAGGAUUUUAGGUGAUAUCUCAAAAACUACCCACUUAAUCGUUAAAUCCAUCAGAUUCUUGUAUUUUUUAGGUCAAAAUUACUCUA